CAUGUUUAUAAUAAUGACAAUCAUAUAACAUCUACUAAAAUCCUGUCGGAAAUAACAAAUAUUCCUAGUUUGUCGAGUUGUAGUGCUAUGUGCAGGAAGAGGGCUGAUUCUGUCUCCUUCUUCUACAAUUCUGCCAUUAAGAAAUGUGUAUGUACAGGACAAGUUGAGCAAGGUGACCUUCUACCAUUUGUAGGAUACGUUCAUUUUUCUUCGUCAGACCUCUCGAUCUGGAAAGUGUUUGGGAAAUCCCACUAUCUACAUAUCAAGAAACAAAUAAAAUGGCUAGACGCACAGAUUGAAUGUCGAGAACUUGGGGCAAAAUUAGCAGAAAUAGAGACAUUGGAAGAAAAUAUUUUUCUGAAGAACAUCGCAAGGGAGAAUAGCUAUGGCAACACAUUUAUCGGAGGAACAGAUGCCUUCUCUCAGAACAGAUGGAGAUGGUCAACAACAUUUCAACCAGUUAACUUCAGUGACUGGGCACCUAGCAAGCCUGAUACAUCGGGAGGUGAUGAAUGUAUGGAUUUAUCUGCUAACUUUGACACGUUGUGGGAUGAUAUGGACUGUGAUGCAAAUCACGCUUCUUUCAUGUGUGAGCGGUUAAUUGUUUGA